GUAUAAAAAACAACAUGUUUGCAACAGUCGUGACCACUAACACGAACCUGAUUCUGUCUAGAAGUCCGGUUUUGGAAACAUUAAUCAGUCUCACUUGUUAUUGAUCUUCAAAUCACGUUUAUUGUGAGUAAUCUAAGUUAGCAGACACUGCUGCCCAACUGCCUGCAGCGAGAUACCAGUCUGCCCCGAGCCAAUACAUAUGAAUUAAAGCCGAAAUUUCAACAUAUAUAUAUAUAAAUUAAUCUUUUUGUGCCAAUACACAUUCACAUUGUCCAAAAUAUUGUAAAGUAUCCGAGGCAAAGCGAAACAAGAAAUCUGAUUUCCGCCGAUAGCAACAACAACACGUGACGUAGGAGGCGCAUUAAUCUAAAGAUUGUCAUAAUAUGAAGCCCUCCAACACGUAUUCUUAUCACACCAGUUGCUCCAGUGAGAGUUAAGGCUGUGGCCAGGUAUGGCUGGUGGUUUGUGACCACUAAGCGGGUGGUUCAGUUGUUGCUUAAUUUACAGUUAAAAAGACAGACGCGUGAAAUUCAAAGAAUAAACUUAGGUUUAAAUAAAGGUUAUUCGAUACAAUCUAUUACGUGCGACGCGUCUAUGAACAAACAAAAUAAACAUAACGCGCUUUUUGUGGUUUUGUGCAGGCAGUUUGAAAUUAACUCUACUGAAUUGGUUAUCCAUGGACAAAUUACAAACAAAUUUCGCUUUGUUGGUUGUUUUACUUAGCUGGAGUACGAUUUUUGCAGCAGAUGGAUCAAUAUGGCUAACAGAUAUCAGCAACAACAUGGACGGCUGUGCUGCUGGUUCAAGCAACAUCUCUGAACAUUGCAACUGCUCGGUAACUCACUUUCCCUGCGAAUGUCGCAACAGUGCAUCUGGCUGUCCAACUGGCAAUGACACUUGCAUUCCACGAUACCAACUAUGUGAUGGAGUUUCGCAUUGUCCGUAUGGAAGUGACGAGACAGGCUGUUCUUGCGGAAUAAACCAAGUUCGCUGCGGUUGCCUUUUCCAGAAGAGCAAUUGCCGAAAUGAUACGCCAUGUUUGAAUAUCUCAAGAGUAAUGGACGGGACAACCGACUGUCCAGACAAAAGUGACGAGCCAUGUAUGUCUGGCUUGGACCGCCAUUACCUUUCGUGUCGAUUUAAGCUCUUCCAAUGCCCGACCAUGCACACAAUGAAGAAUGUUAUCUUGUUCGGUCUUAGGCGGCGAGUACGUGGUAUUAAAUGUUGGCAGAUAGAGCAGGAAUGCAGGAUAGGGGACCCUCUAUGUAUUAGAAACCAGUGGAGGUGCGUUCAAAUUCGCAGCUGGAAGCUUGCAGUACAACACUGCCGGGAUUUAUUAAACGAAACAAACUCAAUGAUAAUUUGUAAAAAUAACGAUCUUGCAUUGGGGCCUUCGUUAUGUUCUCCUUUUAAAGCGUGUGAGUUUGGAAGAUAUACCUGGAAAAUACAUGCGCACGGGUUCAAGUGCCAAGCUAAAUCUUCAUACUCAUGCGAUAGCAGAGACGUUUAUAUUCCACAACGCAACUUGUAUGAUAAUGACGUCAACUGCGCGGACGGCUCCGAUCUCUGUUUCCAAGAUGGAAAAUUUAAAUGUUUUCGAUGCUUGGAUGGAAGUCUCAUUAUUUCUCCAAAACAAGUCUGCGAUGGGACGUUUGACUGUUUUGAUAUGUCGGACGAAAAAUCAUGCAAAAAUCGAACUUUGUAUCAAACUAUUUUCGGUUCUAAGAGAUUACAGCAUUCCAGGGAGGUAUGCCCAUCAAAUAAAGUAUACUGCUCUAAUAGAACUGGCUGCAUAGAUACUGACCGGGCAUUUUUUAAUAUUGUGCAUUGGCAGUGCGAUGAUGCGAUUCAGAACUUAUCAAUGAACGGCUUUGCUCCUGUACGAGUGCAGAGAAACCGCACGAGAACCAGGUGUAAACGGUUUCCUGAUAUUCGGGCGUUUAAGUGUGACGGCAUAGCCCAAUGCUUGUACGGCGAUGAUGAAUGCGGAUGCGACAAUGAGCUGGGGGUUUGUAAAACCCCGAACAAGAGGUGCUGGUAUGGCGGAGCGAACGUAAAAAUGUGCGACGGAAUACAGUCUCUUGUUAUUAUACCUAGAAGGAGGAGAAGACAGUUUUUACGAAAGAAGGCCAAUGGAAAUUGGAGAUAUCGUAACUUUUUGGGUGUUUGCGAAGUCGGAUUUGAUGAAGUAAACUGCUCGAACAGGUAUUACUGCCACCAAGGUGCUUCUAUAAGCAUUCACAACUCAAGGGUUUGUAACGGAAUUAUUGACUGCAAUGAUGCUUCGGAUGAGGCAGUUUCCAAAUGCAAUCUUAGUCGGUACUAUUGCAAGAACGGGAAGCCGUUAUCCGUACCUAUGUUUCAGGUUGAAGACGGUGUCAGAGAUUGUACCGAUGGUAGUGACGAGUGUCCACCUAACAGCAAAAAGUCAUCAGUAUUUUCUUCUCAAUAUGAAAUGAUUGCAAAUACUUUCAUACGCGCAGUAUUUUGGAUCAUGAGUUUUCUGAGCAUUUUCGGUAAUUCUCUGGUUAUUUAUUCCGCUAUAAAAGACUUUAUAUACCAAAAGAACGCUGCGUGUACUGAGAAAUGCCAAAACUGGAUGGUGGUAAACUUAGCCAUUUCCGAUAUUCUCAUGGGUUUGUUUCUAUUGAUUAUUUGUAUCAAGGGGGUCCAUUUUUCUGGUUCUUACUGUUACCAUGACAUUGCGUGGAGAAGCAGUACCACUUGUUCAUCGCUUGGGGCGCUAGCGACCCUAUCAACAGAAGCUUCAAUAAUGAUGAUGACAGUAAUGACAAUUUACCGAAUUCUUGCAGUUUACCGGCCGUUUCUUGUCCGUUCAAUGCGGGUUAAGUGGCUCGUACCGCCUGUGCUAUUCGUAUGGCUUAUAGCAGUGCUUGUAGCAGCUAUACCACUGGUGAAACUGCCAUCUGGGUAUUUUGUGACCUCUGUGUGGUAUCCGAACAGGUUUUACAGAUCCGAAGAAAAUGUCAAAGAAAAACAUGAUGUUGUUGGCGAACCGAGCCACAAACCACACCGUCACAGCGUGGGAAGACGCCAAGGACGUUGUUGGAAAUGCAUAUAAGUUAUACACAAUUAGGAGGGAGAUCGGAUACUAUGGCGGGACCAGUGUUUGCAUGCCUCGUCUGUAUCUAAAAGUCGGUGAUGCAACUUGGGGAUAUUCGACCUUCAUCGUCACAUUCAAUUUUAUCCUUUUCAUGUUUAUUUUCGUCAGUUACAUAUUGAUAUAUAAAAAGGGCACGAAAAUGAAGCCACAGAAAGACAAAAGUAGAAAGUUACAAAACAAAAUCACUCGCUUGAUUAUUACGGAUUUUUGUUGCUGGAUUCCCAUUUGCCUGCUGGCCUACAUAAGUUUGGGUGGCGUAGCAUUAAACAAGAUCGUUUACGCCGUUAGCGCUGGGUUAAUCUUCCCGAUUAACAGCGCUUUAAAUCCCUUGUUGUAUUCUUCCGUUAUCGAAACUAAUGUGUUGAAACUGUGGCGCUUAAUUAGCCGUGCGAGUAAGAAGACAUCUUCAGUAGAAUCGCCACAAAACACAGGUUCAACUGCCGUCACACCACAACAAAAAGCUAAAAUUUCGUCUCUGUAAUACUAAUCACAGAUUUUGUAUAUAGAGUAUCUAACGUACAAUCGCUAAAACGAAUUGUAAACCUUUUAACAUUGUCUAUUGUUUUAUCGUUGUACAUUCAAUUAAUGCGAAAACAAAAUAAAGUCAAAAAGUCUUG